AUGAGUAGCACCUUCUGUGGCAACUCUUCAGCUAAGAUGAGUGUCAAUGAAGUAUCCACCUUCUCAUUGACUCUGGAGCAAAAAACUGGCUUUGCAUUUGUAGGGAUUUUGUGUAUCUUCUUGGGACUUCUUAUCAUCAGAUGCUUUAAAAUCCUGCUAGAUCCAUACAGUAGCAUGCCUUCCUCCACAUGGGAAGAUGAAGUUGAAGAGUUUGACAAAGGGACUUUUGAGUAUGCACUUGCAUGA